AUGCAGUUUACAUGGACAUGGACUCCACCUCCUGGGUCGUCGUCGGCAAAUUCUAAUGGAUUGGGAUAUAAAACGUCAGCAUGUUUUGCGGAAUAUGUCAAACGAGACCAUUCGCUGCAGCAGCUGGCAAAGUUCUCGGUAUGGGUAGAGUCUCCUCAGGCGGCAUUAGGAAUAGUGAGACCUUUUUCACCAGUUGGAAUGGGUAUUAGCGGUAUUUCUGGAGUUAGUGGGGUUAGUGGAGUUAGUGGAGUUAGUAGUUUGGACUAUGGAGCAUCUCCUGCUUCUCCCAUUGCGGAGACUGGAGCGUUUGGAUUUCCUGCUUCGCCAGUUCAAAUGCGAGGCCCUAUUCCAAUUCCACAACGAAGUACUUCUAUUAAUAAGGGUCCUGGUGGUAGUAGUAGUAGUAUGUCGCUAGGAGGAGUACCUUUACUGGCGGGAAUAUUACCAGUGGUUCCACCUGCUACUCUGGCUGAAGAGUCUUUCGGAGCCAGUUCUCCAGAUGCAGUUAAUACGACAUCGGCUCUGAGUGCUGCGAUAGCUGUGUCGACUAGUGUAGAAAGUCCGUUGAAAGUGGCAACUGCAGGGUCUGGGACAGGGUCUGUAGAUACGAAUGUUCUUCCGAGCCUAGCUCCGGGGGUACCUCCUACACCGACUAAUACCGGACCAGGCCCGAAUAUUUUUGGUGGUGGUCUUGAUAUCGGCAAUCAGACGAUUGUUUCACCACCUCUUGCACCGGUUGGGUCGAGUGGUACGGGAGCCACUACAAUGGCAGCAGCAGCUGCUGGUGGUGGUGGUGGUGGUUCGUCUACAAAUAAUUCACAUUCACCUAUUACUCAAGACACUUUAGCCAGACACGGUCCAGAUGUGCCGGUAUCGAAAGAAUUGCUGGGUCCGUCAGCUUUGGCAUACUCGGGUAAUAUACCAGCUUCUUCGACAUCGUCAAUUACACUUCAAGAUCUUAGCACGCCAGAGUCGAUUGGAAAGGUUAUUCAAAAAGAGAAAAAUGCCAUAACCAUUCCAAGACCUGAUGACGGAUCGGUGUCACAACCUGAAGAUGGUCCUUUAUUUCGAGCCACAAUUGCCAGUCUGGAGAAAAAGACUGGUAACUUAAAGGCCAAGAUUAAAAAGCUGCUUAAAAGAGCAGGGUUUUUGUACGAAAGGGAACUGGCGUUUGCAGAGAGUCAGGCUCUGUUUGUCCAGGCACUGACUGAAGCAGCUUCGACAGAAGUUCCUGCCUUUCAGUCGAUUGUACAGAACUACUUUGUUAAAAGGCAACGUAUGACAGACAGUAUCCGAGAAUCAGCCUUGGACCUUAAUAGCCACGUCAUUGAGCCACUGCGGAAGCUUUACGAUUUGGAAAUCAAGUCGUUUGAUACUCGUAAACGAGACUUUGACGACGAAUCAAGUCAGUAUUAUUCGUGGCUUUCUAGAUACCUGUCGAUGAAACAAGAAUCAAAAGGCAAGAAAAAAGAUGAGAGUGUUGCCAAGUAUCUUGAAAAGAGAAAAGCUUUCGAGUUGACUCGAUUCGACUAUUAUUCGUACAUGCAAGAUCUCCAUGGAGGAAGAAAACAACAAGAAGUAACCUAUCAAUUGGCACUGUUUGCGGAAUCUGAAGUUAAUCGAUUAAUUGCCCUGGGCGACAAGAUCCGCAGUUCAGUUAAACCCAAUGUCGAUGAGGUUGUGAGUGAAGUGAAAAACGCUAAUAAAGAUUGGUCUAGACAGCGAGCUGAACGAGAAGACAAACGGCGAGCUCUAGAAAUGUCUAUUAUGGCGUCAUCUUCCAAUGAUAUUAAUGCAAAUGACAUUCCCAUAGCUAAUAGCUCUAGAUCCCAGCACACUAAAGAGAUCAAUACCAACCGACACCCAUCGCUUCGAAUUGCGACAAGCGGGAGUGGCAUUGGAAUUGGACCAGGUUCUGGUGCUCCACUAACUGGGUCAGUAGCCGUAGUGGCUUCACCGAAAACCAACUCGGCAAUUGAAAAAGGUGGCGGAUUUCAUGAGGAUCUGGCCAACGCACCGGAAGAUGAUUCUGGAUAUGAUUAUGACGACGAUGAAUAUAUGGCCAAUGGCAACACUAAUAAUAACAACAGUAAUUUUAACGAAAAUGAUGGACGUGGAGACGUUUCCACUGGUAAUAACACUAAUGGUAAUAAUGAAGAAGGCCGGAAAGAGGGGCUUUUAUGGGCAAUGUCAAGACCCGGUGGACUAAACGAUCCGCUGCCAAACCUGAAUAAACAAGGUUGGCAUAAAUUCUGGGUGGUCUUGGCAGGAGGCAAGCUAUGCGAAUAUACAAAUUGGAAGCAAGGGAUCGAUUUACAUAACGAACCAAUUAAUUUAAAGGUGGCUCUAGUCAGAGAAGCUAGAAAUACUGAUAGAAGGUUCUGUUUUGAAGUCGUCACCCCGAGUUAUAAACGAGUUUAUCAGGCGACGAGCGACGACGAUCUAAAGUCAUGGAUUCGAGCUAUUAAUAUUGGCAUUACAUCGUCUUUAGAGCAGAAUGUGAGCUCUAAAGGCAACGAGACUAGUGGCCAUAAAACCACCGCCAGCAAGUCAUUUAGACGAGUUCUGUCGACGAACUCUGAUGUCGAUAGAGACUUGAGGGAUGCAAGAGAUGCAAGAGAUGCUAGUGCACGAGCGAAACCCCGCAUCGAUUCUAAAAGUGGUUCUGGAGCAAAUAAAACAGCUGCCAGUUCGACAUCUGGAUCACUCAACUCGCCGGGUGGUGGUGGGACAACCGCGACAAGUACUAAUCCUACAGCAACAGCUGGUUCUGGCAGUGGUAGCAAUGAAUUACUUGACAUUGUUCGCAAACACGAUCCCAGUAACAACCAAUGUGCAGAUUGUGGAUCAACUGCCAAGACAGAAUGGAUCUCAAUUAAUCUGCUGGUAAUUUUGUGUAUCGACUGUUCAGGAGUUCAUAGAUCUUUAGGAUCACACAUUUCGAAGAUCCGAUCUCUAACUCUUGAUACAGUUUCGUUCACACCCGAACUUAUUGAACUUAUUCGAUCAGUCAACAACAACCAAAUCAACAGUAUCUGGGAAGCACAACUGACAACUCGCCCUGUCAUUGGCGACAACAAUCGACGAUCGUUCAUCACCGAAAAGUACGUCGAAAAGAAGUUCAUCAAACCUUUAGACCGGCCAAACGCCGAGCUCCGAACUGCUGUUUGUCAUCAGGAUGUCAUGCGUGUAUUGGAAUCACUGGCUUCCCGAGCCAAUCCCAAUCUAUCUGUGCCUGUAGAACCCAACGGGGUGUCACCAAUUGAUCCUCCCGGACAUUUAUCAACGAGUGGAGCUAACCCCGAAGACACUGGCAGCGAACCUCUUCUGCUGUUUGCACUGAGAUGUGCUUCGAAAGAUGCUACACUAUUCCCCAUAGCUGAGCUGCUACUGCUGAAUUCUGCCACAGUCCCCCUGUCAAUUGGCCACGGACUCUCAACCGCUGCCAAAGCAUACAUCAAGUCCAAAAUAGACAAAGAAACUGGCAACAGCGGUCACCGGCCUCAACAGCAGCAGCAUCCCCCUUCACGCCAGCCGUCUAAAACAAUCGCUUCUGGCCACUCCAACACCGGCCAAACCGGACCAGGGUCAGUACCCCAAACCGAGAAGAAGAACCACCCCGGGUCCAAGCUUCAAAAGCGACUGAGCGUCAGCUUCUCUGGCGGCAGCGGGUCAACUGGCAAGCAUAUUUAG